GCUAUUUUUCUUAAAAAAUGGCAGCCUUUAUGUCGUAAGCUUUUCUUUUCUAAUGAUGAAGUUUUUAUUACCGAUUUAUGGGAGAUUUAUAAUGCCAAUUGGGACGAUUCACAUAGUCGAACAGUUUUUCAACAAGAAUUUCUAAUUAUCAAAUGUUGAUAGUGGGUAUGAACCUUAUUUUCGUGGUGGCGUAGACACCGAGUGCUUAUGCAAAUGUUGAACGGUUCUAACGAGAACGAAACUAGUACUUCCACUAUAACAGUAGAAGACAGAGACAAAAUGAGCGGAGGAGGCGGUCCGGGAGGCGCGGCGAGCGGUGGGGCGCCCUCAGUGUGGGAGCGGGAGCUGGCGCACACGAGGCGGUUGCUCUGGGGAGACCAAGUGAAGGAUGACGUGUUCCGGCGCUGGGCACAAGGCUUCACCUUCAGUGAAGACGAACCCAGCGCCCUGACUCAACAGGAAGGUGGCCCCUGCGCUGCCAUCGCGCCUGUGCAAGCUUUCCUACUGCGUAUCCUGCUGGCAGAAACACCUGGUCAUAGCUUUCGUGACCUUACUUCAGAGAAGUGCAAUUCUCUACUUGUUAGGGCGGUGUGUACCAUACUAAGCCAGUGUCUAGCUCCUAAGUACAAUGUAGCUGUGUACCGCAAGAACGAUUCUGAAACAGAGGCUAGUGCCACCAAUAACAUCAGUGUGGAUGAACAGUCGUGUGAUUCUAUUGAGCAGUUUCAUCGGAAGAUUGAUGUGCAUUCGUUCCAGACUUUAUCUGAAGUGGAGGCAUACUACACUAGAAACAUUCGUAUUCUGAAGGAAAAAUAUGGUGUUCUUCUUUUGUUGUAUAGUGUCAUUCUUAGUAAAGGAGUUGCUACCAUAGAAACAGAGCUAGCAGAACUUUCCGAUCCACUAAUUCACUCUAUUUAUGGUUAUGGGUCGCAGGGCCUCAUUAACUUGAUGCUCACAGGCAGAGCUGUCGCUCAUGUAUGGGACCAUGAUCAGGUAGUUGGGGGGCUGAGACUACGUGGAAUAGAAAGGCAGAAUGACAUUGGUUUUCUCACAAUUAUGGAACACAUGCAAUACUGCACAGUGGGCUCCUUUUAUAAAAACCCAAAGCACCCAGUGUGGGUUUUAGCAUCUGAGACACAUUUAACAGUUUUGUUCUCUCUUGAACGACGACUUGCGGCGCCUGAGACGGCGGGCGAAUCGGCCGAGCGGAUUUUCCGAUCAUUUGACCCUGAAGGCAAUAACUUCAUCCCCUCUGCAGCUUUGCAAGAUGUUCUAUGUGCUGCAGAUCUUGUUAGCGAACCUGAGUAUGUAGAAUUAAUGCGACGGAAGCUCGACUCAGAAAAUUUGGGUAUAAUCUUGCUGAGCGCCUUUAUGGACGAAUUUUUCCCGGGCUGCGAGCGAGGCGCUCCCGACACAUUUACGUUGUAUCACUACAAUGGGCUGGGUCGGAGCAAUCCCGGCGGGCGCGUGCUGUACCGCAUGGGGCGCGCCGCGCUGCUCGAGUGCCCGCUGCGCGCCGCCUGCACGGACCCCAUGCUCACGUGCCUGCAGACUAAGUGGCCCAGCAUCGAUGUGGUGUGGGAUGAUGGUCACUCACCCUCCCUCAACUAGCAUCCGUAUGAACAUACUGUGACUGUGACGCGAAUCUAACUCUGAAAGUCGCUGAAAAUUCCAUUAUUUUAUUGUAUUAAUUUAUGUAUAAACAAAAAUUGUAUUGGACAGGUAGUGUUGAGGCUCAGGGGGAUUUUUGCACUUUUAUGAGCAGCUAUUUUCCAUAAAUUUGGCAAUAUUGAUGCACUGACUAACUUCAACUGACCUUCUAAUUCCAACAGUAAUUUGUUUUUACACAGCCAUUUUGAUCAUAACAAACUUACUUGUACUACCAUCAAUUAAAAGUUUGUUCAAUUUGCAUAUGUGCGCUUUGUUGCCAAUCUCCCAAAAAGUGUUGUGAUUUGUGAGAUAGCUCUAAGCUACAUAACUAAUGAGUGAUCUGUUAAUCUAGGCAAUAAGUUUUGUACAAAAAAUGUAAUUUCUCUGUGUCAUUCCACUCAUAUGCCUUGUCUUGAGGGUCUGGUCCAAUUGUCAGAUGUUUUCGCCGUGAAUAUUGAUAUGGAAAUUGUUAGGCAGAAACUAAAUGUGCAUCUGCAUGUAUUUUUGAAAUUAGUCGUGUAGAGUAUCAUUUGCUUCACCAAGAAUAAACGUGAUGAAAUUUCGGCCGGCGUGUCGCGGCCAGGUGCCAACACAUUCGCUACAGCACAUUAGAUAAAGAUCAUUGCACAAAUCAUUUUGUGCAUCCCAAAUUCAGUAUUUCGGCCCAAUCCCUCUAAGACUUGUAGAAUUACUGUGUACUAUCUUUAUCUAGCUUAUUAUAUUGAGUUUGGUUUUACCUGAUAGUUAUUGAUAUAAGUUUCCUGCAUUAUGAGAGCAUGUUCACCUAUAAAUUGUAUAUAAAGUAGUGAUUAGGAUAAAACAUUCUUCAAAUUAGCUGUGAGAGGUCAUUGUUUUUGCUGACAAGUUUGACUAAAUUGACUGUAAGUUGCUGACAAGGUGUGUAGAGGCAUGCUUGUGCAUAUGUUGGAAACUUAGUGACCUGCUAUGUGACUCUUUUUAUUCCUUUUAUUGACUUGAAUAGUGAUUGUUGAAUUGGAAAAACAUUGUAUUCAUACUAUUUUUCUAAAUUAUAUUUACAUAUUGUUCUUGGACUACAUAUAUAAUUUGUACUACUUGUUACUACUCGGCAGUCAUAAGAUCUGAAUAUCUUGCAGUUACCUGGUUAUAAAACAAUCCAAUAGCAUUGUUAUUUUGAUACAUGAUGAUAAUUGUGUAUCAACAAAAAUAAUUCCAGAAUUGAGAGUAUUCAUUAUUAUACGAACCGGGUAGUGACAAAGUUGUCCAAAUAAAAUAUGAUUGUGAGUUGAUUUACUUUAGGGGAUAACUUUAAAUUGUAAUUAUAAUUACCUAAGGCGACGACAACCUCAAAUCAUAUGGACUAUAAUUACCAUGUGGAAGGUAUACAUUAUGUCAAACCAUGUCGUAGUUUGAUUUGUAACACUAUGUAUCAGAUAUAUGAAUUAUUUUUAUACCUCUGGUAUUACCGAAUACUAUGUUUUGUCAGAUUCAUGUGAAAUAGCUGUACACUUUAGUGUUGCAUUAUAAAGAAUAUAUUGAAAGAUAUUUUCAGUUAGUCCAUAAAUAGUGUAACAUGCUUUUUUAAUUACAA